AUGGCGGGCUCAAGCUACGCCCAGGGUUUUCCAGACUCCCUCGAAGAUUCACGCGAAGCCUUCCGCCCCAGCGCCCUCUUCUUCGACUCCCCUUCCUCGUUCCGCCCCGUGCCGAGAGGUGGACGGAACUACGACCUCUCCAGCUCUGCCGUCCGUUCCUCCUCUCACGCUGGCUACGGCCCUCCGCCCCCUAAACCCAAGCCUGCCAGUGCUUACAAACCUCCCUCGCUCUCACAAACUUACGGCCCUCCGCCCCCUAGACCCAAACCUGUCAGUGCUUACAAACCUCCCUCGCUCUCACAAACUUACGGCCCUCCGCCCCCUAAACCCAAACCUGCCAGUGCUUACAAUCCUCCCUCGCUCUCACAAACUUACGGCCCUCCACCUAAACCCACUCCUAGCACUGUCUACAAAGGUCCCUCUCCUACACUAACCCCUCUUCCACGCAAGCCCACUCCCCUCGCUGCCUUCAAACCUCCCUCUCCCACCGGAAGCUAUAGUCCUUCACCCAAACCCACCCCACGACCUGUCUUCGGCGCCCCCUCCCCAUUUCCCUUUGACUCAAGGUCGAGAGAAAGAUUCGCCUCGUCUGAGUUCCCACACUCGUCAUCGCGGGAACUCAGGUUUGGCGUCUCAGAAACCAUCUUCGGCACUUCAGUAGAGAGAUUUGACGAUUCAGCAUCCUCACCUCGAUCAUUCGGUGGGCUUAACCUCCGGCCACUCACUUUCUCCAGACCACGUGACACUUCCAGCUCCCGCGAGACUGCAUCCUCUCCUCGAUCUUUUGGUGGGCUUGACUUCCGGCCACUCAGUUUCUCCGGACUACGUGACACUUCUGGCUCUCUGCAUCCCACGGCCAACAUAAAGCCUCCGUUAAGCAUCUCCUUCGUGUCCUCUGAAAGCUUGGACUCCCGGGAAUUUUUUGGGUCCAGAAGAGGGUUCUUCAAGCCUUCCUCCCACCUUGAAACCCCUGCCAAGUCCUUCCAGCCCCCUCAUUUUGGCCCUCUCACGCCUUCCGACUCACGCCAAAGUUCCUCCGCCGAGCUGUUCCCGAGGACGAGGGAUCAUCCCAGGCCGGUCGUGUCCCCGCCUCCAACACAAGUCCCCUCUGUGAAGACCGUGAGGCAGCGGCAGACAAGCUCCGUUGGGGGGCACUCAGGUUACCACUUUAACUACGACGUGAACGACUCAGCAGAGGACGACGACAAAUCGUUUGGAGGCCGACGUAAGAAAGGCCCAAACUUCGGGCACACCGAGCGGCGGGACGGCCGGCGCACCGAGGGCCGCUAUUACGUGGAGCUGCCGGACGGACGCACGCAGGUGGUGGAGUACUACGCCGACGAGACGGGCUACCACCCCACCGUCACCUACGUGUGA